AUGGUUAAGCUCAGCAUCCUCUCCAUUGCCUCCAUGGUUGCUUUUGCCUCUCUUAGUGUAGCUAAGAACUGCCAAACCCAGUUCCAAUAUUGUGCCUCAGCUCUUCUUACCCGAGGCAACUACGACACCCAAAUUCGAAAUGCCAUUGUAGAGGCGCAGGGUAAAUUCCCUGGCGUAACGAGAGAUAACGCCUUGUUCGCUUGCCUUGGAGGUCCCGACGGCAAGAUCCAGGUUAUCCAGAAGUGCGGAUACCAGUGCAAGAACAAUGGCGACGGCCACACCGAUAGCUGCUAA